ACGCAUUUCUUUAUAUUCUCGUUCUGUGCAGGCGAUACCUAACCACACUUAGAUUAUUUAAAAAUUCGAAACUAUGAAUACUACACGUCCAUGUGGCUGCAAAGGAUACCGAACAUGUCUUCAUUGCGAAUCAUCCUUUAACAUUCUUCUAAUUGAGCCUGAGCAGUUCAAAAUAAAAGAAGAUGCUCCCACAUUUGUGUACUGCCCUUUUUGCAAUUUGUGUUAUCCGGCGACAGAUGCAGAAGCCUACAAACAACAUCCUAAUCAUAUAGGAAAACCUAAAAGACUAGAAGGUUUUUAUAUUGAACUAGAUUUUUUAACAGACAAAGAACAUAACAUGCUACUGGCUGGAAUUGACUCAAUGCCAUGGGACCCAUCACAGAGUGGUCGUAGAAAGCAAAAUUUUGGCCCGAAAUGCAACUUUAAGGGUCGAAAAAUGAAACUAGGAGAUUUCCAAGGGUUUCCUAGCUUCUCCAAGUUUGUACAAGAUAAGUUUAAACGAGUGCCUAUUUUAAAAGACUUCCAAACAAUUGAGCAAUGUUCCUUAGAAUAUGACCCUGAGCGAGGAGCUUCUAUAGAUCCCCAUGUUGAUGACUGUUGGGUCUGGGGUGAGAGAAUUGUAACUGUUAACUUACUAAGUGAUUCAGUACUUAUAAUGACAAAGAAUCAAAACCCAAAAAAAUAUAAUCUGGAUUUAGUAAGUACAUAUCCAAAAGUUGUGGGUAAUACCAUAAAAACUAAUUUAGAGAAACUUAAUAAUGUUGAAGAGUGCAAUAAUGAAGAUGUUAUUUUAGUACCAAUGCCAAACAAAUCUUUGUUAGUAAUGUAUGGUAAGGCUAGGUAUGUUUAUGAGCAUAGGAUUUUAAGAAAAGAUAUUACAAGUCGAAGGGUUUGUUUAGCAUAUAGAGAGUUUACACCCAUUUUUUUGGAAAAUGGUGAAUGUUAUAAGGAAGGACAGAUCAUUACUGAACAAGCUAAACAAUUUUUUUCAGUCAAUUAAACUCGAUUUUCUUUUUUUAUUAAGCUCCGGUGAAACAUUAUUUAUUUUUAUAUGGCUGUUAACUAGUUUUAAGUUUAAAAAAAUGCAAUGCAAUGCUUUGCAAACUAAACAUACAAGGUUUUGUUUGAAUAAGUAAUUAUUACAAAAAUAAUUGUUUUAAUUUAAAUACUAUAAAAAAUGUACUGGAAUACCUAAAAAUCAUGAAUAAAAAUGCUUAAGUCUGUG